CCCCGUUUAAAAGGCAAGGGAAGGGGGAAAGAAAAUUUGAUUAGCAGCUUCCUUAUCCAGCCAGUUCCUCGCCUGUAGAAAGCUAGCAUCUCAGGACAGCCUCCCCGUACGCUGAUUUAACCCGGCCUUCCCCAAAGGAUCUAAACAGCAAUUUUAACAUGUGCAUGGCAGUCCCCCUUCCCCCCCACACUCCACAACCCCCCUACAAGGUAGGCUGGGAUGACAGAGAAUAAAUAGCCAUCUAGGAAGCAUUUGUGGCUAAAUUUGAACCUGGGAUGCAUCCGAGGAUGGAAAGGAUGCUUAAAUUCGGAGUAUCCACAUUGGUUACCCUGGGGAUUUUAACUGCACCACCUGGAGAGACAUCACAACACAGAAACACACACAUAUAUAUACCCCUUGUCCUUAGAAAACCAACAGGGAGGUUCUAGAUUUCUCCAAGGGAGGAAGUUCUGGGAUUUUGUGUUGUUUUGAAACAGCCCACACACCUGUCAUUAAACUCUGCAUCACCUCAUUGUGAUGAUGGGGUUACCUCAUCAUGAUGAUCACAUCGCUUGGAUGUUAGGAAGGAAGGUGUCAUUCCAGGAGCAGAUUCAUCAUUAACCAUCUUCCUUCACUCGUGUUUCCUGACAUCUGCUGGUGGAAGGAUGUCUAGCAUAGUUUUCAACUGACUGGAAGACAGAGGAGGUGGUCAUCACCCCAGAACCCUCCAGAAUGGUAGCAGAAAAAUUGAAAAACCACAAAAUCAUCUUCGUGGUGGGAGGACCAGGUUCUGGGAAAGGAACGCAGUGCGAGAGGAUCGUCCAAAAAUAUGGCUACACUCACUUGUCCACCGGUGACCUGCUACGAGCGGAAGUCAGCUCCGGCUCGGAUAGGGGGAAGAAGCUUUCGGCCAUCAUGGAGAAAGGAGAGUUGGUCCCUCUGGACACUGUUCUGGACAUGCUGAGAGACGCCAUGUUGGCCAAAGCAAACGAGUCCAAGGGCUAUUUGAUUGACGGUUAUCCCCGGGAGGUGAACCAAGGCGUGGAAUUUGAGAAGAAGAUCACUGCCCCCACCCUGCUGCUCUACGUGGACGCUGGGAAGGACACCAUGGUGAAACGGCUGCUGAAACGAGGAGAGACCAGCGGGCGCGUGGACGACAACGAAGAGACUAUCAAGAAGCGUUUGGAUACCUAUUACAAGGCCACCGAGCCCGUCAUCGCCUAUUACGAGAAGAAGGGAAUUGUCCGCAAGGUCAACGCAGAAGGCACGGUAGAUGAUGUCUUCAAGCAAGUCUGCACUCAUCUAGAUGUCCUCAAGUAAACCCCCUCCUCCGAGGAGCUUCAUCCCCUCCACCACCACCCCCUCCCCCAAGACUCAGAUCUGUGUAGAUGAGCCCCUCCCCUCCCCUUCCCGCCGCUCUGCCUCCCUUUUCAUCUCCAAAGACCGCUGGGGAGGAAGUGGCUUCAUCCUGUUUUCGUGGACAGAGGCCCCAUGGAGGAAAUUUCAAGGACAAUGCGCACGGCUUCCUUAAAACCUCCUCUGGCAAAGUAAAUCUGGCUUUCGUGAGAUGA